UGUGGAGCUUGCGCUUCACUCGGCCCACUUAAAGGACUUCCUUUUCCCGUUCCGGUCUGGGCGAACCAGGCUCGUGGGCCAGCGGGACCCCGAAUUGAAGAGGUUUUCGGCACCCGGGAGGUCGCGGACGGCUGCCCCGCGGCAGUCAUCAUGCCACAAAAUGAAUAUAUUGAAUUACACCGUAAACGAUAUGGGCAUCGUUUGGAUUACCAUGAGAAAAAGAGAAAGAAAGAAGGCCGGGAGGCCCAUGAACGCUCAAAGAAGGCAAAAAAAAUGAUUGGUCUGAAGGCUAAGCUCUACCAUAAACAGCGCCAUGCCGAGAAAAUACAAAUGAAAAAGACUAUCAAGAUGCAUGAAAAGAGAAACACCAAACAGAAGAAUGAUGAGAAGACUCCUCAGGGAGCAGUGCCUGCCUACCUGCUGGACAGAGAGGGACAGUCUAGAGCAAAAGUGCUCUCCAACAUGAUUAAGCAGAAACGGAAAGAGAAAGCGGGAAAAUGGGAAGUCCCUCUACCCAAAGUCCGUGCCCAAGGAGAAACAGAAGUAUUGAAAGUUAUUCGAACAGGAAAGAGAAAAAAGAAGGCAUGGAAGAGGAUGGUUACUAAAGUCUGCUUUGUUGGUGAUGGUUUUACCAGAAAACCACCUAAAUACGAAAGGUUCAUCAGACCAAUGGGUCUGCGUUUCAAAAAAGCCCACGUCACACAUCCUGAGCUGAAAGCUACUUUUUGCCUGCCAAUACUUGGUGUGAAAAAGAAUCCAUCAUCCCCAUUAUAUACAACUUUGGGUGUAAUCACCAAAGGUACAGUUAUUGAAGUGAAUGUGAGCGAGCUGGGCCUUGUGACACAAGGAGGCAAGGUUAUUUGGGGAAAGUAUGCCCAAGUUACCAACAAUCCUGAAAACGAUGGGUGCAUAAAUGCGGUUUUGCUGGUUUGAGAGCAACAUCAUCCACGUCACUCCAGCCACUACCAAAGACUACACACCAGGCAAACACCAUUGCUGUGAUCCUUCUGAACGGCCAAGCAGCCUUACCCCAUGUGCAGUCGUCAAGAAAUAUUUAUUAAAUUGUAAAGAAAAAUAAAAACUGCCCAGUUUUACAGUUA